AUGUCUGGGGGCUCAGAGAGUGACGACUCUGUAACAGCUAAUGGGAGGGUUUACAUUCCUGAAGUAAGAAAUGAGGAAACACCAGCAGUUGGGAUGAAGUUCGACUCGCUUGACCUCGUUUAUAAUUUCUAUAAUAGAUAUGCAUUCUUGGCUGGCUUUGGUAUUCGACUUCAUUCCAGCUUUUGGGGGAAAAAUAAGAAAGAGAUUCUGAGAAAAGAAUUUGUAUGUUGCAAACAAGGUGCAUACCGGAAUGAUGAAACUCGGGAGAGAAAAAGACAACGGGGAAUAAGUAGAUGCAAUUGCAAAGCUAAGAUUGUGGUUGUGAAGACACAUGGGAGCAAGAAGUAUACCAUCUCUCUUUUUGCAGAGGGACACAAUCAUAAGAUGACACCCUCAGGAAGAAUGCAUUUACUGAGAUCACACCGUCGUAUUUCAGAUUCUACAAAAGUACUUACAAAACAGUUGGGUUCGGUUAAUAUUCCCAUUAAUCAGAAGGAUAUGUACAAUCUUGAAUGUAGUGUGAAUGAGAAGCUGAGGAACCACGAUGUUGAACUAGUGACCGAGUAUUUUAUGGCUGAACAGAAAAAAAUGAGGCUUUUUAUUUCAAGAUUGAGGGAGAUGGCGAUAACAGAUGCAACUUCUAGACGGGCGUACGGGUUUUAUGGAGAUGUUGUUGUAUUCGAUACCACAUUCAACACGAAUAGAUACGACUUGACAUUUGCACCAAUGUUGGGAGUUAAUAACCAUGGUCAAACAAUUGUCCUAGCAUGCGCAUUUUUGAGCAAGGAAACGACUGAGUCGUUUAUUUGGAUGUUUGAGGAGUUUAAGAAAGCCAUGCCAGGUGGCGAACCUAAAACGAUCAUCACAGAUCAAGAUGCGGCAAUGAGCAGAGCGAUUUCAAUAGCCUUCCCGACUACAUUUCAUCGACUUUGCAUAUGGCACAUCACAUCAAAGUUCUCUGUUAAGUUACCACAUUCUGCUUAUAAGGAGUAUUGGGGUGAAUUCCAGAAAGCCAUAUGGGAUACUGACAAUAAGGAUGAGUUUGAUGCAAAAUGGAAUAUUGUGGUUACAAAGGCUGGUUUGACUGACCAUCCAUGGGCUAAGUUCAAUGUUUGA